AUGAUCGAUUGUCCCGUCCCACGCACAGUUUUGGACUUCCAACUUGAACUCCAUAAAAGUUUGUUGCAAGCACAGGCAGUAUGGCGAUUGAUUGACGCGAAAUGUUCACUGGCAACAUCGAUACUGGAGAAGGGGGUACAUCAAGGUCGCUUGUUUAAAAACAAGCUGAGGAAGACCUACUCUGUUCAGAACCAAAUCGAAGUUAACGCAGCUCUCGUGAAGGUGUUCUUCUCUUUCUCUCUUGAUCCUGGCGUUUCUGAAUUGAUCGGCUUAUUUCGAUUGUUUCGCAAAUAUGUGCUUGCAAAAGUUUACCUAAGUCAAGAUGAAAAGGAUUUCCAAGAGAGUCAAGCUGAUUACAACUUCGGUGAGGUACCUAGAACUUCUACAUAAUGCUUCUUGGCGAGUCUAGACUAGGCAUUAUCGUUUACGUGAAACUUCUUUCGUAUCUUUUUUGUGCCAUAAGGUAUUUCUUCAUGUCGACCUUGUUAUUGUAACAAACGUGCUUCAAGGAUCUGUUUUUGUUGUAUCUUAUUUUUGAGGAGUUAUAUCAUGCAAGUGUUUACAUUCGUCUGAUGUGAAAACAAAUACAUCAUUUGGUUC